AUCGAAUAAUAUGCUUCGCUUUCAAACCAUUUGUGCAGUUCAUUGAUAUUCAAUACCACGUCUUAUCAAAGAUGGGAAUGGAUUAAAUGUUAUUACUUUAUUAAAUACUUACGUAUCCUUGUUGGGCUAUUAAGCUUGUUCAUUCUUCAAGAACUAGUCACAUUUUAUGUACAUGGGAUUUAAGUUAAUGUAUACUUUAUAUCCAGUCGUCCGUUUUCUGCGACACUUGGAAAGAUUGAUAUACUAUAUACGAUGUCAAAACAAGAUCUGACAUAGUUCAAAUAAGUCAGUGAAACAAAACGGAUGAACCUUUGAUUAUUGGUAUAGGUUGGAAUCAGUUGUUACAAGUUCUGUGUUCCAGGGUAGAAGGCAUCAAUAUUGACGACUGUAUCUGCAGAAAAACACUGUUAUAAUUUGGGGAAUUAUAAAUCUGCAUGUAAAGAAGAUACGGUUCAUAGCUUUAUAAUGAUUGAAACAAAUAUUAAUUCACUAGUUAUUACAACGACUUGCAUUCUAACCGACUUAAAAUAAAAUCGGAUUUUUAAAAAAACAAACACUAAUGUCGAGGUGAAUAAUGGGGCACAUUACGGAAUUCCAACUCUUGAUAUCGUGGACAGUGUUGGCAUUAGUGAGUUUCUCCGAUGCGUCUUCCAAUUCUACAAUGUCCGCCAUUUUAGACAAACUAUUCGACAAAGCCAACUAUGACAAGAAGUUACCUCCACGAUACGACAAGCCGUCAUGGGAGCGCCAGGUCGAAGUCACAGUGAACAUGUUUAUAGUAAACAUGUUUGCCGUCAGCGAAAUAGACAUGGAAUACUCCAUGAGCCUGUUUCUUCGAGAACGCUGGAAGGACAGCAGACUGGUUUACAACGAUACGCUCAAUCUUACCAGAAUCGAGCUGGACCCUUCCAUGUUUGGCGCCAUAUGGCAACCGGAUAUGUUCAUUGCCACAGAGAAAUACUCAGACUUCCACGAGGUUACCGUUCGCAACCAAAUGGUCCAUAUCUAUCCCAAUGGCAUCAUACAGUAUAGUGCAAGGGUAACUGGUGCAUUUUUCUGCGCAAUGGAUCUACGGAAGUACCCCUUCGACACACAGGAGUGCGAAUUUGAACUUGAAAGUUAUGGAUUCGACACUACCAAACUCAAAUUCAUAUGGGACGAUCCUCCGAUGACCAUGUCGAAAAACAUCAAGCUUCCCCAGUUCAAUUUGACGUCAAUUUCAACUUAUAACUGUGAUCGCGAGUACUUUGGAAUAAAGUACCCAUGUAUCGGUGUUAAGUUCAUCUUGGAGCGGGACUACUCCUUCUAUCUCAUCCAGAUCUUCGUACCUAGUAUCCUGAUUGUGAUCCUCUCCUGGGUCAACUUUUGGCUCGACUGCACUUCCGUUCCCGGUCGCGUCUCAUUGGCUCUUCUUACUGUACUCACCAUGACAACGCAGAGUUCUGGGGCGCGUGAAAAUCUGCCUGCCGUCUCCUAUGUCAAGGCUAUCGAUGUAUGGAUGGCUGCGUGCUUAGCUUUCGUGUUCCUAGGUCUUGUGGAGUUCGCGUACGUUAACGUUCAAAGCCGCGUCUCUACCCGACGUCAGAUGUCGUACUCAAAGCCUGUACACGAGCUGGUCCAAGCCGUUCACAACAACAUGAAUGGUGAUAUUAAUGAAAACGAGAAGGAAAACGAGUCUCAAACUUCUUCUGAAUCUACAUGUGACACAAAGGAACAUCUAUCCAACAAAGGAUCAGAAUGCACCAAGUCGUACCUGAUAUGUUUGAAGUCGCUGGCGGGGAUCGAAAGGGCACGCGCGGUGGACAAAAUUUCCCGUGUUUUAUUCCCGCUUUUGUUCAUCAUUUUCAACAUCUGCUACUGGACAUACGUGUUCCUUUGGUCUCCUGCCUUCAUGGAAGGACUCUAGUUUUGAGUCAAAUUGUGAAUGGAAGCAGGUGAUACUUGAUCAUUUUGAGUUGUGUGCAAGUGAAAAUUGGUGUUUCGUACUGUGUUAAUGAGAUUAAAUUGUUAUUAAUUGUGUAUGUUUCGCUCUUAAAAUAAUGUGAUUGGAACAUAAAUGAAAUUGUAUCCCGGUUUAACUGUACGAACAUGUAAAUUUACAACAUAUCACUUUAGUUUAGAAUCGUGUAUUUAUUUAUUUACUAACGGUUUUUACUCAAGCUUUUCACCAUUAUAGAUAAUUAAGUUAAUAAUAAAUGUUUCGAAAAAC